AUGUUAAGUAUUAACAAAACUCACAUAAACGUAAUAGCAACGUUUUUCAAGUUUAAAGAAAUUAUGUUUAAAUUGUUUAUAUUUGUGAUAUUUUUAAAAGGUUUUUGUUUGGCAAAUCCUUUUGUGGGUUUAUUCGAUCCCAAAUGUGUGGUUAUACGCAAUAUGAAGUGUCCCAAUGAAAACGUUACCUUUUGGCUGUAUAAUAAACAAACUGCUGAUUCACCUAUUAAACUGGAUCCCUUAAAUCUCCAGCCUAAAGAUUUUCAACCUAGAAAACCUUUAUUUAUUGUUUUACACGGCUAUACGGGCGAUCGUGACUAUUCACCAAAUCGUUAUAUUAGACCCGCUCUUCUAGAGUCUCAAGAUGUUUAUGUUAUUUCCGUGGAUUAUGGUGCCUUAGUUCCUUAUCCUUGUUAUUUUGCUGCUGUAGAAAAUUUACCUUUAGCCAGCAAAUGUUUGGCUCAUUUAAUUAAUAAUCUUGUCGAUCAGGGUGUUGUGGACAACGAUGAUAUUCACAUGAUCGGUUUUAGUUUGGGUGCUCAGGUGGCGGGACAAACUACUAAUUAUCUUAAGAGGCGACUUAAAAGAAUUACCGGUUUAGAUCCCGCUAAACCCAUGUUUAUUACCGUUGGUUCAGAUCGUAAACUUGAUCCUACCGAUGCUGAAUUUGUAGAUGUUAUUCAUACAGAUGUUUUGGGUCGUGGUAUGCUAAGAACAAUGGGUCAUGUAGAUUUUUAUCCUAAUAUUGGACCCUAUCAACCGGGUUGUCAGGAGGAAAAUAUGGAGGAUCCUGGCAGUUGUAAUCACGAUCGAGCUCCGCAAUAUUAUGCCGAAUCUAUACGCAGUAAUAAGGGUUUUUGGGCUUAUAGUUGUCCCAGUUGGCUGCACAAUAUCUUUGGCCUGUGUAAUACUCAAUCAAAUGAUGAAAUAAUGGGAUUUCAUGUUAAUCAAAGUGCCUCAGGUUCAUUCUUCCUUAAAACUGCUAACCAAACCCCCUUUGCUUUGGGACCCUUCCCACCAAGUUCCCAGUCUCAACAUCGUAAUUUACCAGUACUCUAUGAUUACAGAGAUAUAUAUGAUGAUGAAUUUGAACCUCAAUUGCGUAAAGCUUUUGUCGAUUGGACUGAUAAUGAAUUUGUAGAAUUUCGUAAAUUCAAACAUUUCAAUGAAAAACUGAAUGAUAUAAAACCUUAA